UUUGUAGGCAUGGCUCACAACAAGGAGGAGAGGGACAAAACGCAGCGUUUUGUUCUAGGAGCAUUAAUUAUUAUUUAACAUAAACGAGAUAGCCAUACAUCUCCCCUGACCCGAAAAAACACAAAAUACGCAUAAACGAAAACAAAGACAACGUCGAAAUGGAGGGAGGAGGUGCUGCGGCCCAGCAGGCAGACACGGAGAUGGAAGAGGCGCCAUUAGACCCUCAACAGCCACCGGCGGCGGGGAUCGAGAACAUCCCGCCCACGUUGAGUCAUGGGGGACGAUUUAUUCAGUACAACAUAUUUGGGAACAUAUUUGAAGUGACGGCGAAGUAUAGGCCGCAUAUUAUGCCCAUCGGGAAGGGCGCAUAUGGCAUCAUUUGUUCGGCGUUGAAUUCGGAGACAAAUGAGCAUGUGGCAAUAAAGAAGAUAGCAAAUGCAUUCGAUAAUAAGAUUGAUGCAAAGAGGACUCUUCAUGAGAUCAAGUUGAUUCGACACAUGGAUCAUGAAAACGUGAUCUGGUUGCAGAGUUUGAAAGUUAAGUACACAAACAGCCACACGGCUAUAGAAAUGGAGAAAAUAUUAAGAAUUUUGAAGAAUAAACUAUUAGAUCAUUUGCUUUACAAUCUUAGGCCUCAUCAUGCUGCUAUGGCAUCAUAAACUUAUUGUAAUGAUAAGAGGAAUGUGAAGCUGGCAGGGCAGCAAUGUAAGCAAAGGAAAUCUACUGAAGCAGCAUGUGAUCAGUUCUGAAAGUGGAUUAAAGAAAGCCAAAAAAAAAAAAACCUCAAAAAAUUUAGGUUCACUAACACGAAACAGCUAGUGACUUGGAGAAAAUCUAAAAACGGUUAAUGCCACAAACCACUAGAUCAUUGCUUCACGGAUUUGGGGCUUCAUCAUGUCACCAUGUCAAAAAAUGCAGUGGCAGGGUGAUACAGACCUGGAUUUCUGUUUUGAAGCUGCUCUUCACUGCUGCUGGAUUAGUGGUAUCAUGAUGUUUGCUUGAGAUUUUAAUGUGUUUAGGGAUGAAAUAGAUGCUGAAGAUGUGGUGCUGCGUUGGCUCUUCCUUGCUGCUGCACUCCUGUUACUGGACUAGUACUGGAAAAGAAAUCUGGAAUUUACGUAUUAUAGCUACUGUUGUAUUGAAUGAUAAAUGUACUUAAAUAUCAUAACAAUAUUUGUAAACUGAUACUUGUAUUGAAAAGAUUUUCCAGAAUUACAAUAGAAGUUCAAUUGAUCCA